GACGACGACGACGAAGAAGAAGAAGAAGAAGAAUCAUCUACACACUCUGUAGCAGCAGGUGGCGGUAUGCACCUUCCUUUUGCGAUCCGUUAGUUAACACUAAAGAAGUAGAAGAAGCUAGUAUCUUUAAUAGUGGUAGGCUAGUUGUAGUUCUCAGCGGUUGCGCAGCUGGGUUAUACCGUGGAGAACGGUAAAUUGAAGAAUACUGGAAGCAAAGCGAGAAAGACUGUGGAUAAAUACUGACUCAUCACUGUACAUUGGGAAAACAUAUAGGGACUGCGUCCGUAGACUUGGAGAACCUACAAAAUGAGUGAAGCCGCUGUAGACUCAAGCACGCUCUGUCUCUUCGAUGUUGAUGGCACGCUCACGGCCGCGAGACAGCGUGUGACUCCAGACAUGGCAGAGUUCCUUGAGAAGUUGAGGACUCGGGUUCGAGUUGGUGUGGUAGGAGGGUCGGACCUCAGCAAGAUCAAAGAGCAGCUGGGAGAUGAUGUGAUCCAGAAAGUGAACUACGUGUUUGCUGAGAAUGGUCUUGUGGCCUAUAGGAAUGGACAAUUUCUCUCUGUCCAGUCCAUCCAGGCACAUAUGGGAGAAGAGCUGCUACAAGAUUUCAUCAACUUCUGUCUCAACUACAUGGCCAAGAUCAAACUGCCUAAGAAGAGGGGGACAUUCAUUGAAUUCCGUAAUGGUAUGUUGAACAUCUCCCCUAUUGGACGCAGCUGUACACAGGAAGAGAGGACAGAGUUCUAUGAGCUAGAUCAGAAAGAGAAAAUCAGGGAGAAAUUUGUGUCUGUCUUAAAAGAAGAGUUCAAAGGAAGAGGACUGUCAUUUUCAAUUGGAGGGCAGAUCAGCUUUGAUGUUUUUCCUGAUGGUUGGGAUAAGAGAUACUGUCUGGGGAUUGUUGAGAAGGACAACUACUCAACCAUUCACUUCUUUGGAGACAAGACCAAACCUGGAGGAAACGACUAUGAGAUCUACUGUGACCCUCGGACCAUCGGCCAUGAAGUCUCCUGUCCAGAGGAAACACAACAGCUUUGUCAGCAGCUUUUCCUCUCAUGAGAGAGAAGAUGCCUAACAACUGUUGUGUUCCUGUAAUUUUCACAAGACAGAGAGGACAGAUGUCUAAUAGAGGUCUUCUUCUUCUAUUUGUCAAAAUGUAACCCUGAGGUUUAAUUACAAAAAUAAUGAAUUUAAUGCAGAAAGACCCAGUGUCAUAGUGUUUUUGAUAAUGUCAAGGAAGGAGAGGGAAGAGUCACUGACAAAUGAGACGAGGGAUUCCUGGGUAUUUUAGAGCUAUCAUUAUCAAAUGUGAUAAUAAAAGUAAUGGUUUAAAAAUGAUCGGUUAACUUUUUUUUAAUGAGAUUCUAGCUUGUGUUAUCAGCAUUACCUCAUUGUAAACAUUGAGCCAAAACCCUUAUAACUAUCAACAUUUUUCCAUUUGCAGAGACUAAUGCAGCAUAGUUUUUCAUCCACAUGUAAUUCCCAUCAUGUUUUUGAUUGUGAAAACUAAAUUCAACUGGAAAUCUG